AUGCGAUGCUCUCUGUCUCUCGUUCUGGCCGCUGGCGCCGGGAUAGCGGUUGCUGCUCCCUCUGCACAUGAAUCGAGGGAACCCCAUCUUCGCACACGCAACAUCAUUGAUAGCACGAACAUUGCGGACUCGUACGACUUUGUUAUCGUCGGUGGAGGCUUGGCUGGGCUGGUGCUUGGUGCGCGUCUCUCAGAAGAUGCAAAUCACACGGUCCUCGUCCUCGAGGCAGGCGGUGACGGAGACGAGUAUCGUGAUCGAAUAGACACCCCUGCGUACGCAUACUACGAAUCGUUAUGGCCCACGGAUCUCAAUUGGGCAUUCACAACAACUCCACAGCCUAACGCGAACAACUCCCAAUGCCCAUGGCCUCGAGGAAAGGUCCUUGGAGGCAGCUCGGCCAUCAAUGGAAUGUAUCUGAACCGGCCUGGAGAAAUCGAAGUCAAUGCCUGGCAAGAUAUGCUUGGAGACAUGGACGGCGCCGAUAAUUGGUCCUGGGACUCCAUGUUCGCCGCAAUGAAGAAGAGCGAGACAUUCGGCCCGCCUGUGGACGCUUCGAUCCAACAGGAAGCUGCUAUCACGUUCAACCCAGCGAGCCACGGCAGUCAAGGGCCGAUUCACAUGUCCUAUCCCGGCUUUACCAUGCCUCUAGUUGGCGCGUGGUCGAGUACUGCCAACAACGCCGGUGUGGAUGACACGCAGGACCCCUAUGGUGGUGAAAAUUGGGGCGCGUAUGUCGCAACCUCCGCCAUCAACCCAGCCAACUGGACGCGUUCUUACAGCCGCUCUGGGUACCUCGACCCAUUGCCACCGCGUCGUAACUACGAUGUGGUCGCUAAUGCUCAGGUGACCCGCAUCCUCUUCAACAAUACCUCGGGCGGCAACCUCACGGCGCACGCAGUCGAGUAUGUGCUCAACGGAGGUGGUGCGAAACUGACAGUCGGCGUCAACAAGGAGGUUAUCCUUGCUGCUGGUACAGUUGGCAGCCCAACUGUUCUGCUCUACAGUGGUGUCGGGCCGAAGGACGUCCUGGAUGCCGCAGGAGUGACUGUUGUGUCCGAGCUUCCGGGAGUCGGCCAGCAUCUUCAGGAUCACAUAAGCGUCACAGUAACAUGGAGCACCGACGCAGAGACUGCGGGCACGAUAUAUGACAACAAUGGGACUGAGAAGAACGACCCGGCCUUCCUGUCGUACGUUAACAGUGCGACUGCCUACGUGAACUCCUCGGUGCUGUUUGGCAAUGGAGUCAGCGGCCUGCAGAGCAGCGUCUUGAGCGAGAUCAACCAAUUCAUUCCGGACACGAGUUCUGACGCGAGCGUCAUUUCUGGCUACAAGGCCAUCUACGGCACAACCGCAAAUACCAUUCUCACCAGUCCCAUCGGACUGAUAGAGCUAGUAAUCGGGUUGAGCACCGACGGGGCCAUCCAAAUUGGCGCCAAUCUCCAGCACCCGUUCAGUCACGGUUCGAUCUCCAUCAAUUCCUCCAAUCCACUCGACUAUCCGGUCAUCAAUCCAAAUUAUCUGAAUCAUCCUGCUGACGUUGAGAUUCUCCGCGAGGGUGUUAAGCUCGCUCGCCGCUUGGGUGAAACGCAACCAUUAGCCAGCAGCAUGACGGAAGAAACGUGGCCUGGCUCAGACGUGCAAACGGACGAGGAAUGGGAGGACUGGCUGCGCGGAGAGGUGUUCACCGAAUUCCAUCCGUCCUCGACAUGUGCAAUGCUGCCUCUCGAGCAAGGCGGUGUGGUCGACGCCAACCUGCGAGUCUACGGGCUUUCGAAUGUCCGUGUCGCCGACGCCAGCGUACCACCCAUGUCUUUCUCAGCCCAUCUUAUGAGCUCCACCUAUGGACUGGCCGAACAGGCGAGCACCAUCAUCCGCACUUUCUACAAUCAACCUACAAUUUCGAACAAGCACGUCAACUCGACGUCGAACAGCACGAGCUCAAGCAACCGGACUUCGAGUAACGGAACUGCCAUCCUGAACACCACGAACGUCCCUCCGACGAUAAAUGCCAGCGAUACGGCCACCACCAACAGCAAUGGUGCUGCCUCUCUGAGCUGCUGGUCAGUUUCGAGCACCGUGGCCUUGCUGUGCUUGGCUGUUAAAUUUUUACUGUGA